AUGGACUACGUGAUUGAUCGACAUUUGACAGAUGUGAGUUGAGUCUCAUCACCGACACUAGCGACUUUAUUUUCAGUUCUCCGAAGCGCUCCAAAGCGUGCUGGACGAGAAGAACGCGUUCGAAAUGUUGCGCGGAGAGGACGAGGAGACGUUCAUCUACGUGCAGGGCUGCGAGACGAUCGAGAAGGAUCUGAACGUGAUGACGUGUCGGAAACUGCGCGAGAAGAACCGCGGACUCGUCGGGGACUGCUUCAAACUGGACAUUGUCGGCACUCCGCUGUCCUACUGUAUUCAGAGAAAACUCGACGCCGAGCAGGUCACCAAUCGAUGUGUCAAGACGUAUUUGAAGUCGAGGGUGAGCGCGUGAGCGCCUAGGAUUUGUCAAUGUUCGGUUAUUGUAGAGCCACGAAGAGCUGAAGACGUUGUUCAACACGAAUUCCAAGUGUCUCAUCGAUGGAUUCGCCGAAGUUUGCGGCGAAGAUUCGGGAAAGAUUGUGAAGGAAAACCUUCGGAAAAUCGGCUAUUUGAAAGGAGUCUAUUAG